AUGGCUGGUAUGAAUUUGGUUCAAGGUCAAAUGAUUGAGCUAACCAAUCAUAUGAACAGAGCUGAUGUUGAGCGAAUGGAACAAGUUGAUUCCUUUGCAAGACAGAUUCAAGCCAUUGAAAAUGCUGAAGCUGCAGUUAAUAAAGAGAAAAAACUUAUUACCUUUGACGUUGAUAAUGUUCAAAAGGGGGAAGGAAACUCAAGAGGCGGUGGAAGCAGUAGAGGAGGUGUUUCGAUAGGCACCAGAUCCAAAAGAAAACCCGUUGAUGAAGGAGGUUGCAGACCAACCAAAAGAAGUGGAGGUCGUAGCGGUGACCGUGGUGGUAGAAGCGGUGGAAGAGGUGGAUGUGGUGGUUGGUUGUGCUCUCCCACCAUUUCAAAACCUCCUGACUGGUGA